AUGGAUAUAGAAAAUGUGACCCAGUUCUCUGUUUUUCAUCUUAUUGGUUUCUCCGAUCUCCCUACAUGGAACUUACUUCUUUUACUGCUGUUUAUUUUCUCCUUUUUAGUGUCUUUGGUUGGGAACUCUGUCAUCAUUUUGAUAAUCAUUUUUGAUUCAAGUCUGCACAAUCCAAUGUAUUUAUUUUUGCUGAAUCUGUCAUUUUUGGACAUUUGUUCUAUUAAUGUUACAGCCCCACAAGUUAUGGUUAUAUUUGGCUCAAUGUAUUACACAGUUUCCUUUGCAGACUGUAUUUCGCAAGUAUAUUUUUACCUUGUCUUCACUGAUGCAGAAUUCUUUCUUCUCCCAGUCAUGGCAUAUGACCGUUAUGUGGCAAUAUGUAGUCCACUUCAUUACUAUAAAAUCAUGAAGAAGGAAGUAUGUAUUCUACUGGCAGUAGCACCAUGGGCAUUUGGAUUUAUCGAUAUGUUAUCUUGUACUAUACUAACAUCUCAGUUGUCCUACUGCAACUCUCACAUCAUCAAUAAUUUUUUCUGUGAUCUUACUGCCCUCAUGAAAUUAUCCUGUAGUGACACUUCCAUUAUUGAGCUUGUUACGUUUGUUGAAGGGGUUGUCUUUGGUUUCACACCUUUUUUCAUUACGCUGACCUCAUAUGCAUAUAUUAUUCUGAAUGUGCUGAAGAUUAACUCAGUUGAUGGCAGAAGAAAAGCGUUUUCUACAUGUUCGUCACACAUCACUGUUGUCAUUCUUUUCUAUGGGACAAUCAUAUGUAUGUAUAUGAGACCAUCUUCAGACUAUUCACCUGCUCAAGAUAAACUUUUUGCAGUUUUUUAUACGACUACUGUUCCAAUGUUAAACCCUCUAAUAUACACUUUAAGAAAUCGUGAUAUAAAAAGGGCAAUUUUAAAAGUAUUGGUUAAUAAACAUAACCCUUCAUUCAAAGAUAGGCCGGGGAAGGAAGAGGCUGCUUUCCUGGCCAAGCAUCCUAUCCAAAUCGGUCUCAAUACUCUUACCAACAGUUCCAAUCUCAACAACACAGACAAUUUCAAAAUCCAAUCUCCACUGUUUUUUUCCCUUCCAGAGGAAGACCUUGGAAUCCCAGAUGGCAACGUUCAAGACAGAGAUAUCGUCCCCCUCAAGUUACCAAUCAAUAACCCGGAUCUGAUUUCCAGUGGAUUUUUUCCAUCUCAGAUGAUCCAUAAAUCUCCACCUCAUGCAAGACUCAGUUAUUUAUUUGUUAUUGUUUUCCCUUCAACAGCUUCAAAGAAAGAGGAUUUGUUGUAUGAUAUUGGGCAGUUUAUGAUCUACAUGUUUAAGCUGAUUGGUCAUUUUGUUCUUGUCUAA